AUGGCUCUAUUUAUCAUAGGUGUUCGAGGAGUGUUUGAAAUCGAUAUACUUCCGUUCUUUUCUUUUCAGGUGCCAAAGUCAUGUAUUCUCUGGGAAUUUGUACACUAGCCAUUUUAAUACAACAAUUUGCGAACAGAAAGUGAGUCCCUGUGACCAUUCAUUGAUUAAUCGGAUCCUUUUGCAGGAAUACACCGUUGUACGUCUUCUUGACGACGUUUACCUACCUGAUGUUCGUCCGAUUCGCCCACUACAUCCUUCCUGUGAACGAAGUAGCCAGCCAUACCAACGUUAUCCAACUGAUAAUCACUCUCCGGGUAGGCAUUGCCACGAGAAAUACUUAAUAACCUGAAUAUUUUUCAGAUAAUCGGAAUCACUUUUGAGGAGAAUGAUGCGUGGCUGCACAAAAACGAAGAAAAACCUGAAAAAAGAUAUCUGACCGAAAUCCCAACCAUUUUAGAGAAAUUCGCUUACUUCUACCACUUUUGUGGUCUCUUUACAGGUGUGGUUCUGUUUUUCUGGGUUCAGACAAAGGGAACAAUCAAAUAAUCUAUUGCAGGGCCGUAUUACACCUACCAAAUGCUAAUCGACUCCCAAAACCCGCUACUCAAGUCAUGGGAUCCAACAUCCGAAGUGCUUUCUCGUUUCCAGAGACUUUUGUGGUCUGUUCCAGUUUUUGUGAUCACCAACCACUACUUCCCACUCGAUGUGAGCACAGAAAACCUCAUCUUCAAAAGUUAAAAUGUCAAAUUUUCAGACUCUUCGCUCGGAUGCCAUCUGGGAAAUGUCAUUCUUCACUCGUCUGGUCUAUGCAGCCCUCAUCUUCGUUGUAUUCAAAACAAGAGUGUACAGGUAGAAAUUUCAUUGAUGUUCAGGAUGAAAAACACGCAUGUUUUUUUCAGUGCGUGGGCGAUUGCCGAAUCAAUUUGCGUCAUUUUGGGCAUUGGCGUUUAUCCAGCUGCUUCCAAGCCGAAGAUUAUUGUGGGACCAACCGAUUUGAAGGUGUUUGCCAAUCUUCAGAACUUGGAAAACACCAAAAUGAACAGUGAUGCUAUUGUGAACUUGGAUAUUCCAAAAGUUGGAUUUAGAGGAUUAAUGAUAUAAUGUUUUCUAUGUUUUUAAGGUUGAGUUCUCCGAUGGAUUUCGUGACGGCAUGAAAGCGUGGAACAGAUCUGUGCAGACGUGGCUCGCUCUCUACGUGCAUUCCCGCGUGAAAGUGAUGCGAGUGGAGACGACAAUGCUCGUUUCGGCAGUUUGGCACGGAACCUAUGCUGGGUACUUCAUGUCAUUCGGAGUCGUGGCAAUGUGCGCUAUUCUCGAGGACGUCAUCUUCAAACUCGUUCCUGUGGAUCCGGAGACUGGAAAACGGCCACAAUGGUUCCGAUUACUGUAAGUGCAUAUUGAGUUAGCUUUGCAAUUGUAGAAAACUUACAUUCCAGAUAUACGCAUACAAUUCGUUGCCGUGGCUUCGAAAUGCUGGCAACCGGAUUCUUGCUCAAGAACGGCGCCGACGUGCAUCACUUCUGGUCGUCCAUCUACUACUGGUUGCCUCUUUUGUGCAUUCCGUUUUACAUUUAUGGUCUCAAAACUGCUUCUCCUAAGAAAUCUCGCAAAGAAUAA